AUGAGCGUCAUUCAUCCUUUGCAGAAUUUACUCACCUCUCGUGAUGGCUCAUUAGUUUUCGCCAUCAUUAAGAAUUGUAUCUUAAGCUUCAAAUAUCAAUCGCCAAAUCAUUGGGAAUUUGCUGGAAAAUGGUCUGAUGAUUUCGACAAAAUUCAAGAAUCGAGAAACACCACUGCUAAGGAGCAACAAGGACAAUCCAGCGAAAACGAAAACGAGAACAAAAAAUUGAAAAGUAAUAAAGGCGAUUCCAUUAAAAGGACAGCAGCCAAGGUACCAUCUCCAGGUCUUGGCGCCCCACCGAUAUAUUCGUACAUAAGAAAUCUGAGAUUAACUUCGGAUGAAUCAAGACUAAUUGCGUGCGCAGAUUCUGACAAGUCCCUCCUAGUUUUCGAUGUCGACAAAACUUCCAAAAAUGUCUUAAAGUUGAGAAAAAGGUUCUGCUUCUCAAAGAGACCGAAUGCUAUUUCUAUAGCCGAAGAUGAUACUACAGUCAUAAUAGCUGACAAAUUUGGUGAUGUAUAUUCUAUUGAUAUUAAUUCUAUCCCGGAAGAAAAGUUUACUCAAGAACCUAUUCUCGGUCAUGUCUCUAUGUUGACUGAUGUACACUUGAUUAAAGACUCUGACGGUCAUCAAUUCAUAAUUACAAGUGAUAGAGAUGAGCAUAUUAAAAUUUCGCAUUAUCCCCAAUGUUUCAUUGUGGACAAAUGGCUCUUUGGUCAUAAGCAUUUUGUUUCUUCCAUAUGCUGUGGCAAAGACUAUUUAUUAUUAAGUGCAGGUGGUGACGAUAAAAUCUUCGCUUGGGAUUGGAAAACUGGUAAGAACUUGUCUACCUUCGAUUAUAAUAGUUUGAUUAAACCUUAUUUGAAUGAUCAGCAUUUAGCACCACCAAGAUUUCAAAAUGAAAAUAAUGAUAUUAUUGAAUUUGCAGUUAGUAAAAUUAUAAAGUCAAAGAACCUACCGUUUGUUGCGUUUUUCGUCGAAGCUACAAAAUGCAUAAUAAUUCUGGAAAUGUCCGAAAAACAAAAAGGGGAUCUUGCACUAAAGCAAAUUAUAACUUUUCCAUAUAAUGUUAUCUCAUUAUCCGCCCAUAAUGAUGAAUUCCAAGUCACCCUAGAUAAUAAGGAAUCAUCUGGUGUGCAAAAAAAUUUUGCCAAAUUCAUUGAAUAUAACUUAAAUGAGAAUAGUUUUGUCGUGAAUAAUGAAAAAUCAAACGAAUUUGACAGUGCCAUCAUACAAUCAGUACAAGGGGAUUCUAACUUGGUGACCAAGAAAGAAGAAAUUUACCCGUUAUACAAUGUUUCCUCGUUAAGAAAACAUGGAGAACAUUACUCGUGA